AUGGCUCAAGGCUCCGAGUGCCGAAAUUCCCACCUCUAUUACUACAGCAUCAAAUUUGCUCUGUCCACCUAUGCCACCCUCUUUUCGAUCCUCGGCCUCGUGAUCCUGUGCGUUGGGAUUUAUGCUGAAGUGGAGAGGCAAAAGCACAAAACCUUGGAAGGGAUCUUCCUGGCUCCAGCCAUCAUCCUUCUCCUGCUGGGCUUCACCAUGUUUGGUGUUUCCUUCAUCGGCAUGGUGGGGAGCCUCAGGGACAACCGGACGCUGCUGAAGACGUUCUUCUGGGUCCUUCUGGUGAUCUUCCUCACAGAGCUGCUGCUGAUAUUCAUCGAAAUCAUCUUUGAAAACAAGAUGAAUGCAGUUUUCCACUCCAACAUCCAGGAGGGCAUCAGACACUAUUACGAUGACCUUGACUUCAAGAACAUCUUGGAUUUUGUACAAGAAAAGUUUUCUUGCUGUGGUGGUGAUGAGUACCGAGACUGGGAGGUUAACCUGUACCACUCCUGCAAUGGCACUGGGCCGCUGGCGUGCGGGGUGCCCUACACGUGCUGUAUCAGGAAGGUCCCUGGAGAAGUCGUUAAUACCUUGUGUGGAUACAGGACACUCGAUAAAGAGCGCCUGGAGCUGCUCAACAUGAUCCACGUGCGAGGCUGCAUCCACGCCGUGGGGCUCUGGCUCAAAGACAACUUCGAGGCCACUUUGGGCAUCGUUUGCUCUCUGCUGCUUCCACAGUUGGGGAUUGGAGUUUGGCUGAUGUUCAUCAUCCAAGUGCUUGAGAUUUGUGCUUGG